UCCAACUGCGCGGAACUUUCACCGAGGCUCCGCGCUCUGCCAUGCCGGGGCUGUGACGCUGAAUCCGGGCUGCGCGCUUCGCUUCUCGCCAUGGCUCCGUUUGGGAAGAAUUUCCUCAAAGCGCGACUCAAAAACAGGUCCAAAGAUGCCGAACCAUCGCCAGGGAAGGAGAUCCAGGUGAACGUUUGUGGAGAGGAGAAGAUCGUGUGCGGGGUCACUAAACACACCACCUGCCUCGAUAUGAUCCAAGCUCUUUUAGAUGACCACAAAAGCAUUCCUGAAAGCAAACGCCAACUCCACGGAGACGCCAAGGAAUUCUGCCUGGUCGAAAGAUGGAAGGGGUUUGAACGCGCCAUACCUCCGCUGACCAGGAUUCUACGAUUGUGGUAUGCGUGGGGAGACCAGCGACCCUUUGUGCAAUUCCUCUUGGUGAAAACUUCCGAUUUCGUUGCGCAACCGACGAAGAAAUCUACAAAAUCAAAAGGAGCGAGACCCAAAAGAUACGAACAAAAUCGCUCUCCGCAAUCCCUGCCGUCGGAGAAGCAGAAGCGCGUCGUCAGAAAAGCAUUUCGGAAAUUGGAAAAGCUGCACAAGGAAAAUAAGAGUUCGCUUGGAUCAGAGGAGGUGGACAAAAUGGUGCAGCUAAUUUUAAACCAAGAUCACAUGAUUCGCGAGCAGAUCCAGAGAAUGAGAGAUUUGGAUUCAGAAAUUGAAAGAAUUGAAGUGAGUUUUCAACGGGAAGAAUUGGACGUACAAGCUUGCGGAGGUUGGAGCUUUGACAUCGAGGAGCAGCUAAAUCAAUUUCUGUACACCAGCGAUGGCGUUGUGCAGCUAGAAUCACAAGUCCAAAAGCACCACGAACUAAUUCUUAAACUGUCCGAGGAAAUUGAUGAGGAACUUCGGAAAGAAACCGAAAAGGAAGGAGGCACUGAUUCACGGAUAAAUGAGGAAUUGUACGCAGCCGAACUUGAGCGACUCCAAUCCGAAAUCAAGCGCAGCCUUUUCGCAGGAGUUUCUUUGCAAAAACAAACCAGUGAUUUGGACAAACAGCUGAAAUACUUUGACGCAGCGCUGGUUAUAAAAGAUGAAGAGUGUUGGGAGCUUGCAGCGCAGCUAAACUCGCUACAAAUCACGGACUUUGCUGAGGAAAUGUCCCAGACUAGUGUAACUUCUUGUAGCGUGCAGAAGGUUAAACUCAAAGAUAGCUUGCAUCCCCUGGAAUUAACAGAUACUGACUCGGAUACAGGGAUAAGCUCCACACACAGCCAGGACUCCCUCUCUCCUGGUUUCGACUUCCCUCCGCCUUUGGACACCGAUGUCUAGACAAAAAGAACAGAAACUUGUUUUUAAAAAAUGGUUUAUCUUUGACCCCGUUUGUCAUGCUCGCGCUUAGCGGAGUUAGCUUGUCCCAAAGAUGGAUUACAGUGGGUGGUUCUUGGGCUUAACCUGUCAAAGUUAAACAAGAAGUGAGUGAUUUUGGGCAAGUUGCUGCAAGGUUUUUAAGUGACAAAUCCAUGUACUAAACAGAAAUAUUUCGAAAAUAAAUAAUAUAUUAGAUCCGGGGUGUCCUAACUAUGCAGUCCUAACACUAGCUUUUGUUGGCCCUCAGGCUUUCAGGUGAAUUAACUCAAAUACCAUAAGCAGUACUUUUUACAAGUUUAGGAAAGCUCCACGAUAUUUAUUUACACCAAUAACAAAUGUUUGAAGUGACACAGACUUUAUGGUUGGAAUUGUUGUCAGCAAUUAAUCAACUAAUCAUGAGGAAUCAUUUAUAAAAAAUGAUUGUAAUCAUAUUUUGAUCACCUGGACUAUUGAUACUUUGCAGCUGAUAUCAUUAGCAUUUCCAGGAAGUGUGAUGCUAACGGAGGCACUGCUCUGUCUGAUGCUCUGUUACUCAAGUUAGAUUUUAAUAUGAGCUUUGUUUUGACACAAUCUGACCAUAAAAACUGUUUUUCAGUUUUCUCUCACCUUUUUUAUUGAAAAUGAAACACUUUAACAGGACAUUAACAGGGCCAGUGAACAUUCAUAUUGACCACAGGCUCCUGAAAAUGAGUUUAAAUCCAUUUAGUACUUUUUCUUGACAUAAUGCACAGAUCAUGGUAACUGCUGAACACUCUGCCAUGGGCAUACAGGCAGAACACCCCCAGUGUGAUGUCACUGCGAAGACUCUAAAACACAUAAAUGACUUCAUGUCAAUACUCUAUAUUUAGGAGCCUUCAGUCUUCUUUAUUUUAUGGUCAACUCAUUGAAAAAUGAGUGUCGGACUAGUUGACUACUAAAAUAACUGUUAGACUGCAGUGACACUCUUUAGGUUCCAGGCCUGAGUGAGGAUGUGAGAGCUUAAAGGGCCCAUGUAGUUAUGAUAUGAUGAUCUAUGUUAUCAUGUUGUUUCCUCAUCACAAACAUACAGUCUUUCAAACUGAAAACACUAAGGUAAUUGUUGACUUAAAAACUACCACUUCAUAAUCUCACAAGGUGGAACAGAGCAUUUAGAACACGGUGGCUAAGCAGUUUCUGUGUGGAGUUUGCAUGUUCUUCCUGUGCCUGUGUAGGUUUCCUCUGGGUGCUCCAAUUUCGCCUUCCACUAAAAAGAUGUACAAUAGACUCCCCUGUGGGGCCAGGAAUCCCCUGAAAAAGAGAUUCUUAAUCUCAGCGGGACUAUCCUGGUUCAAUAAAGGCCAAAUAUGAGCUUUAGAGAUGUAGCAGACUCAUAAUAAAGGAUUAGUCAAACAUGAAUGAAACAAAACACAACUCCACCUCACCUUUGAUGAGGUAACAGCAUUAUAACUGGGCUUAAAACUCUCACGUGUCAUUUUUGUGUAAUAGACUACCUUUAAUCACACUCAUACACACUGAGCACUGAUUUGGAUAUGCCACCCUUAUAGUUUGGACACUCCUGUUCUAUAGGGUCAAAGAUGAUUCACUGUUUUAGAAUGAAUUAUUUCAACUGAAAAUCUGCAAAUGUUGAAAAGUACCUGGGUGGGAUUGGUUCUCCUAAUUUGCCAUAUUAAAUUUGCUGGUUAAAUUUCUAUUGACUUCAGUGGUCAGAAUGUUAUGGCUAGUUUUGGAUUGUAAAAAUGUUCACAUAACAAUUUAACGUUUUAUUUGUAUUCUUAUUUAAAUUAAUAUUUGUUUAUUGUGUAACUUGUAUUUCAAUUAUGUAUAUUUCAUUUUGAGAGAAGGCUGUCAUUUUGUUUCAUUUCUUUUUUACCCCCAUUUCCACAUUUGACUAAGAUUUAACAUUUUACAUAUAUUCACUCAGAGGCAUUUUGUCCCGUUGUUGAGGUCAGUCCCAAGCCUGGCUAAAGGGGAGCACUGGGUCACGUAGGGCAUCUGGUCUAAAAUGUCAAGGUAGUUAUAGAUACAUUACUUUGCCAAUCAUCCAAUCAGGAUUGUUUAUUCCGGUGACACAGAGGAGCUGAUUGGUCAUUUAACAUUUAGAACAAAACCAAAUUCCACGUGUCAUUUGAACUUUGGAAAAUAAGAUAAGACAACUGUUUACCUUUUAUUUAAAUAUAUAAAAUGUUCACAGUUUAAUCUACAGUUUUACUAUAGAACAGAAUUGUUAUUAAAAUGGUCUUUUAAUGAGUAUGGUAAAAAUCCAAAAUCCAGUUCAAUGUAAUAAUCUUCUCAAAUGUUAUCUGGACAGACCAAUUACUCCUCGUCGAUACACCAGCCCAGUUUUUUCAGCUCCGAUACUGAUUCUGAUAUUAUGUUCUAAAGUAUCUGCACGUACCCGAUAUAAACCGAGACUAAAAACUGAAUUUAUUUCCUUUAAACAUAAAUAAAAUAACACAAAACUGAUAAUGUAGCUGUUAUUUAUCCCAAUAACUACAGAGCAACUUUGCGUAAAUAAAUUGCAAACAUUCUGAAACUAAUCAAUGUAUAUGUCGCGCCGAUAUCCAAUACCAGUAUCGUAUCGGUGCGGUUCUACUCCAGAUGCCCUUCAUGUCAUGCUCAAAAGACUAGCCUAAAACUGCACUUAAAUGAGUCCAGAGAAAUAUUUGAUUUCACCUUUUGCUUACCCUUUAGUGUUUUAUUAUUUGUUGUGAAAAUGCCCCAAAUAUUUCAGUCACUACAGGAAAAGUAAAAUGCACUCUCCACUUAAAGAUACACUAUGUAACUUUUCUAGGGGAUCGUCUGGCACCUGCUUGUUUCCAUGGAGAUGCUUUGCUUUGCCUGGAAUGUUGCGUAGUAUUGCAUUAAUCCUUUAGGCACCAGAGGUUUUUGCCUAAAACGUUUGAUUUUGGCAUCUUCAUUUCAAAAGGCUGUAACUUAAAUCGAAUUUUCAUGAAA